AUGUGCGUGGUUUUGGUUUGCUUGGGUACCUAGCUUGUUUCUGCAAUGUUUUAUUACAAAUUGUAUUAUUGUUUCAGUUCAAACAUUGUUAAUAUUUAUUAGGUAUAAUUAUUGUAGUUUUCAGCAAUGUCAGGAAUGGCUAUACCACCAUUUCCAUCAUUGGAUCUUGCAAAGCUUGUGUUGGGGUACUUAGCUGAGGAGCAGCUUAUGACAGCGUAUGAUGAAUUUCUCCAAGCAAGUCCUUAUUUAGAUGCACUACGGAAUGAGUAUGAUAGAAUUUUUAUGACAUCUCUAAAAAAUAUCCUGGCGGAAUACAGAGCGGUUAAGAUUUAUGUUGAGACAUGUAAACCCUUUGCUCUGAGGAAAAGAUUGUUUCAAUGUACCAAUCUUCUGGAUGUGGUCAAGUUUCUUGUAAACAAUAUAGAUGUCAACAAAAUACAGGACUCUGGCAGCAACCGAAAUAGUUUGGAGAAAGCUACUCCCUCAAUAGCUUCCAGGUUGUGUGAAGUGUGUGAUUCUCUCAAACUUGCAAGUUGUGUCUGCAAGACUCGUCAAUCUAUACACAUACCUACAUCCGGUACUCAGUCCUUUAGCAACAGUGAUCAGUCAGGUCGGGAUACUUCAGUAGAGGCUACAGCUUUGUCUGAUUUGCCAGGAAAUGCUUCAACACGAAAAAGGAAUGUUAAGACUAUUGACAAAGAGCCUUCAGUUUGCCAUCUCACUUCGGGAUGCGGUCAAGAAACCAGUGUCAAACAGCAUACUACUUUAAGCAAAACUACUUCAGAGGAUCAAAAUUCUCAAGUACUUGCUAGUUCGAACAUUUCACAAAAUGUGAUUGUGCCACCAGAGAGGUCCCUGGACGAGUCCCAGCAGAAGAUAAAGGAGUUCAAUGACAUCCUGCAGCGCGUGUGCCGCAGCCGCGGCCCGCUGUCGGGCUCCUUCCAAGACUUCGCCACCGGCGUCGUCGGUGGAGAUAAUAGAAACACUGUACCUGAUUCUAGUACUUGUGAAAAUAUUAGCAUGCAAGUCCCAGUUACCAAAGAAAAUAGUUGUAAAAGUUCAUCAUCGUUAGCAAGCAAAAAAAAAAGUAGACGCAAUUCAAAAAAAUCUCAGAUUAUCGUUGUUGCGAAACUGUCUGAUAAGCCAAAACAAACAAAUGAAGUCAUCGACGUAGAUGCGAUUGAGGAAAAACCUAAAAAUCAAAAAAAUGAACAAAGUAAGAUUAAAAUUCUAUCUGAUGUUAAAGUGGGUGAUGAAAUACUCAACAAUAAUUUGAAUGCAAUGUUGCAAAAUGCGACUUCAACACCCCUGUUGAAAAUGCAAACGGUUUUUAUCAACGGGACACCAGUAUAUAACCCACUUCCACCAGAAUUAACGAAGCAGAAUUAUUCUAAAGAUGAAAUAAUGGCUAUGCCAACUAUAAUCAUCGCACCAGUUUCAGGUCCAACAUCAGUCAACCAUCAAGACAACGAUCAAGCAACCCAAGCUACAGCCCCUCAGGCAGUUCACAAAUUGCCUGAAUUUGUUCCACUACCGAGCUUCCAGCGAACAUUAGAGCCUUUAUUAAUUGAAGUGUCGUCAAACGCUAGCGCCUCUACUUUUACACAGACCGCGGGGAAUUUAGGGCAGCAUAGUUCGGGUGGACAAGGACUCGUAAAAACUGUGAAUACUUCAAAUCUCGUUAAGUUUUCCACUGGUAUUGAUACUCAAAAACCUGCAGACCCUAUAAGUGCUUCGGUACCGAAAGACAAUGUUAUAACUACGGCUACUGAAACUAGUACUCCGCAUUCGCAACCUCCAACUAGAAAGUCAUCUUCGACUCCCCGCCGUACUUCUCAUGUUAGAGUUUUAGAUUUUACUACACCUAGGCGCAUACUGCAUGAGACUAUUCCAGAAGUUCCAAACUCUAAUGACGCUGAAAUAGUAUUAAGUAAAAGUACCAAUGUUGUUAUUCCAGGAACAAUAAAUAUAAGUAGUGCAUAUUCUAAUGUUACUGUUAUUGAAACCUGUGAAGACAGUAGAAAAAUAUGUAAAGAAAAUAAAGCUUCGGAAGCAAAAAAGAUUGAUUGGGAUGCGGAUUUACGCGCUUUAGUGGCAGAAAGUACGCAAAUCCCAGUGAAGAAUAAAAAAGAAACAGUAAAGAAAAAAACGAGCAGGAAGAAAAAGGUUGAAGAAGAACCAAUAAAAGAUGAUGAUAUAAAAGUAUCAGCUAAAAAGAAAUCUAUCAAAUCUACAAAAAAUACUAAUAAAGAUACAAAGAAAACAAAGAAAAAUAAAAAAGAAAAUGAGGAAACUGAAAUUGCAGAUGAAAAUGUAAAUAUACACAAUCAAAAUAAAAAUAAAAAUGAUAUUCCUAUAAAACCCACUAUAAAUAUUAUAUCAGGACAUGAUUGGGAGGCCUCACACCAAGAAAUUGAAAAAGUUCAAAACAAAUCCAACAGUGAAGAACAUGAACAUGAUACUCCAGAAAUGGAACGGAUUUCUUUAGAGAAAGUAAUGGGAGCUCGGCUAAACAUAUCUGAUUUGCUUGAAACUCCUUAUAAACAAGCUCUGUAUGAUAUACAAAUGGAAACGCCAAGAUUUCUCGGUCCAGAUAUUCCGGAUGACCCAAUGUCAGAUAUUAAAAUUAUGAAUAUACCAACUCCUCGUUUUUUAAAUUCUUCUAAAGGUGCACAGGCGACUCCAUCCUCCUACUCUUCUCGACCGACGGAUUAUUCCAGUGGUGGAUCAUACUAUAAACCUGACGAUCAAGAUUACAUGCCUCUCCCUGAGAUAAUUGCGUGUUCUGAAUCGCCAUCUAAAGAUGACAUUCAAACCAGAUCUUCCGCUGAGGUUGACGACCAACGAAAGCAAAAAGAUAAUAAUAAUAAAAACCCUCGUCCUGUCAGACAGUGUGCUAAAAAUGUUACUUAUUUUAAGAAUCAAGUAAAUAAAACCAAAGAUAAAGAAAUAAUCGAUACCGUCGAAGAGGAAGCAUUGAGUGACUCGUCAUCUGCACAGAGUUCUCCAGAAAAGAUAAUAGUGAAAGAAGAAAAAUCGAAAAAGCUUAAAGAAGGCACACCUAAAAUAAGACCGAGAAAUGACAAAGGGAAAAGUUCAGUCAAGAAAAAAUACAAAUCUCCUUUUAAAAAAGAGGUCUCCAAAUCAUUUAUGAAAAUAAAACCUAGGAGAUCUACGCCUAUGAAAGACGUCAAAGGAUCUAAGAAAAGAAUGUCUGAAAUUCGUGAAGCCAAAUCUCAUACUAGAAAAAGAACAAUUAGUAAGGAAAGAAUACAUUCUGCGCCUACCGCUUCAAUGCCCUUGAAGUCCCGGAGAAAAUCUUCUAUUCCAAGAAAAUUACUUUGCACGAAUAAUUCUGAAAGUUCUGGACAUAAUUCUCCAGAUUUAGUUAUAAAACAAAAAGAUAAAAACCAUUCUCGUGACGCAGAUUCGCAUUGUGCACAGGAUUCUGAAACAGAACAAAUGAAACUUAGGUGGUCUGAUGACGGGUCCCAAGAUGCAAAGCUGAAGGGGCUUAAUGACAAUGCAACAAACGAUAGUGACGAUAUAAGUAAAAUACAAGAAUAUAUUGAUACCACUGUAUGCAGAAAACCAGUUGUAAGCGAGAGUGAAGGUAGAUUGCACAUUGAUUUAGUGAAACGAGGAUUUGAUAUUGAAACAGCUAAAAUAAUUGAACGAGAUUUACUUGAUACGCCACCACAUCCCAGACCGGAUAAUUUUGUACCUAAGAUUCUGGAAAGUGAAUCAAAGAACGAAGAAAAUGUGUUAGAAAAAACAACCGAAUCAGAAAGUAGUACCAGUAAUAAUUUACAAAUUGUACAAGACGAGGAAAUGGUUGAAGAGGAAGAAGAAAUAGAAUUGUCUGUUCAUGAAUGUAAUGAAGAAAGUGACAAUUAUUUAGUGUGUUGUCAUGAUGAUAAAGCGGACGUCACCAAGGCUGAGCCUAUUAAGCUUAAAGAUAAAUUUUGUAUGGAAGUGUGUAUAGACGACGAUGUUACUAUAAGAUUAAGAGCAACUCCAUUUAUUACACUUUAUGAACACAAAUUAGAAGAUGAUAUGCUCAAUGAUACUCAAGAUAUAGAAGAGACACGGCGAGCUGUCUCCUCAAUUAGGUUCUUAACUCCUUCAAAAGAUUCCAUAAAGGCCCAGUGUUACGAGAUAUUUGAUUCUACUUUGACGAGUUUGGAUACACCAUUAAAAGUGAAUACUCCGAGAAGAUCGGAGGGAGAGGUGACCGUGACUCAAAUAGUUUUAGAAGUAGAAAACGUAGAAGAGUUAAGUAAAGUUAAGGAAAAACCUGAAUCGAAAAAGCGGAAACGGAUACAAAGCGGGAACACGUCGGAUGAUUCUCAAACGGAAAGUAAGAAGUCCAAAUCGGAAGCGCAAUAUAUGUUGAAUUCUGCCAAUUUACAGAAUAUGGACAUUGAGACAGUGUUAAGUAAACUGCAUGGUCCUUAGCAGGCAGUACUAUUUUUAUUUUUACAUUUCUAACACUGAUGAUAAGUGAUUAUUCAUAAAUUUGGUCUGCGUCCCCUGCAUAGUGUGGGCGCACGCUCGGUAUUCUCUCUGUCUCAUUCGUAAAACUUACGUUUGACAUAAAUAGGCGACCUAUCAGGUUAUCUGGUAGAUUAGUUUCAUAUUUUUUGCGUGUAAGAUUUGUUACUGACUCGGAGAAUACUGCGUGUUCUAACAGAAAAUUACCUGUUCUUUAUUAAACUAUUAGACAUUUAUCAGUUAUAUUUGGGUUUCAUCGUUCGAUUCUUGAAUUACUUUAGACAAUAUGCAGGUCUAACUUUGAUUCGAGUUUGUGUGACAUAUAAAUACGGAUCUCUUGUAUACAUUUUAAUACGAAGCUGACAUCGUAAUAUUAAUAAUUGCGUUGUCAUUUCCUUACAAUUUGAAAUUAUUAUAACUAUAUCGAUUAAAAUUAAGUUAUUUAGGUUCACUUACAUUUUGUAGUUUGUGAUUUUUUCGAUGGUGAAAUAUGAUCUCGUAGAAUUGGUAGUUAAAAUCUGCCUGAUUUUUUUUUAUGUUCUUAAUAACCUCUUAAAGAUUUUCGUAAAAUUUGAUAUACCUGUAAGAGUAGGACAUUGACUUAUUUAUAUCGAUCAUUGAUGUCGUGCAACUCGAUUUUUCUUUACUUUAAGGAUAUUAAUAUACUUUUUAAAUUUUGAUAAAAAAUGCGAAUUGUGUGGCCAACAUUUAUUAUCUGACUGUGUGGAUUAUAUGUUUACGAAUAUAUUUUUCUACUAUAAAGAAGACUAAGGAUGAUGACAUUUAUAAAACGUUCGUACACUUGCUUUUUGUAAAUAAUAAUGAUAUAAGAAACAUACCUGUCCAACGAGUUGAUCUCUUCAGCUCACUAGACACAAAAAAACAACAAUACAUCCUAAGGAUUACGUAUUGAUCGAAUAUUCAUUAGAAACACAACAGCAUGUUAUUUUGGUUAAAAUAUGUACUGUUGAUAUUUUCUCUCUUAAUGAUAUAUAUGUAUUAUAUUAUUUGAUAUUAUAUUUGCUAUUGAAAGAACUAUACAAAACAUAUUUUAGCUAAAACAGGUAAUUCGUCGAUAGUUCGUGGAUAAAUUGAAUCGGAAUCAUUGUAACUUUAAUAUUGUUUAUCUAAGGUUGAAAUGACACGCUCCGCACUUGCACUACGCAAACUAUAUAUUAUUAUAACAAUUUUAUAUGUGGUAAAUGGUGGUAGCCAAUGGAGCGCGUCAUUUCAGCCUGACCAAGCUAGAUUUAAUAUUUAUUUGUGUUAGACACAUACCUGAUAUACCAUGUAAAUAUACACGAUAAGUUGCAACUAUGGAAUAAUAUGUAUAAGAUUUAAUGUGCUAGACACAAAUGUCAAAUGUAGAGACAUAAAAGUACCUAUUAUUUUCAAAAAAA